AAUGAUCUUGUCACUCGUGACAAGCGGAAGCUCUCGCUGUGAGUCCUUGGAAGAUACCGUGCGCCACCGAAUCUUCGAACCGUAUUAUAACAGCUGGAACAGUGUGCGGCUCUCAUCGCCACCGAUCAUUCUGAUCCGUGAUAGCACCGUGAUAGCACUGCGAUGAGAGGCGAUUAUAACGCAUAAGAGGGGGAGGAGGAGGGAACGAGAGAACGAGGGAGCAAAGGAGAGCGGUACUCUGGGCCGGUGGUCCGCCGCGCGAGCGACGAUGCUGUUCGCGAUAAUGCGAUAGUGUUGGUCCGCGCGUUUAGCGGCUAAGCGCGGUUGAUAAAAGAUAGCAGUUGUACCGAAGACAAGUCAGUACUCACCCCGCUGCUGCCGACUCCAGGAUCCAUUUGAUUUUCGAGCGCACGGACGAGGGUUGCAUCCGGUUAACGCGGCUCCUUCGCGUCGAUGUUGAUGUUGUCUCGAGGAGUCCCUUGUGUGCGUUGAAAUACAAAAUAUUUUGUGUGAUUAUAUUUACAUAAUUCAAUCUGAGAAACACGAGAAAGUGUUUUUCAUCAUCAUUGGAAGAAGCUGCAUUUUCGACGUGUCCGACGUUGAAGAAGUUAGCUAGGAACUCGAAAGCGUAAUAGAUAAAUAUAUCGUCAGUCUGUCAAGAGUCAUAUCAUUAUGUGAGCAUGAACAUGUCACGAUGACAGAGGUUGAUCUUGACGGAUAAGUCGAAGAAUCAAGCUCAAGAGUUGAGACGUCAUCGAAGAAUGUCAGGAAGAAAACGUCGAACGUCAUCGUAUUUGGACACGUUGCCCCUCGUUCUUUUGAACUGAUCACCUUUUUUUUCUUCUUUCCUCUUUCUCUUUUUAUAUGAUAGUCAGUAAUCCUGAAGGCGCAAACCAUGCAUAAUGACCAGCGGCGCGACUACUAAAUUCGACCCGGAUUGGAUAAGAAUGGUCGAGUUGCGCGCGGCUAGCGCCGGGAUGACUGGGGGGCUAGACAGGAGAUCCUCGAAUCGUCUGCACUACGCCAUCCUGACGAUCCUGGACACGAUAUUCUCCGCGUUCAUGGUCGCGCCCGCGGUGGUCGGUUACUGGCGAGGUACCUGGGAGCUCAGCGAUUUCUAUGUCUAUCCAAAUGAGCCGGUGUUCAGCAGCUUCGCGUCGAUUGCGAUGGGCUUCAUCGGCCUCUUCGUCUUCAACGUCCUGCAACACAGCCUGGACGACAUCCUCCAUCCGGACAAACAUCGGCUGUCCUAUUAUCUCGGCUCCCGGCUCUACACCGGCGUGUUCGGUCUGUGUUGCGUGAACGCCUGGCGCGGCCCCUGGAAGGCUCUGGACAUCUACACGGAACAGACGCCCGGUACAGCUGUUGCCACGGUCGUCAUCAGUCUCCUCGCGCUCGGCAUCAUGCGCGCGAUCCGCAACGUCUCCGCGCCGCCGUUCUCGCUCGUUCUCGACUCGUGUCAGGGUUACUUCGAAGUGCAAACUAUGUUUCGCGUCAAUAAUACGAGGGACUGGUCAUUGUACUUACUGGAUUGUGCCUUUAGUGUCGGUGUUGUUGGCACAUUGGUUGUUUUCGUUUGGAGAGGAGUUUGGAUGCUCUUCGAUAUCUACCUAUUUCCAGAAAAUCCCAAAUAUUCUGCCGUUGGCUCACUGGUCAUCGGGUAUUUUAUAGUCAUCAUAACGUUCUGUCUCCAACCGCUAAUGCGAUACGUCUGCGCGCGUCUUCAGGGUCUGCUUCUCCUGGUAGUCGCAGACGCUUUUCUCCUUCUGAGUUUCCUGGGGACCGUGAACGUCUGGCGCGGUAUCUGGAACGCGCUCGAUCUGUGGUUGUUGCCAGAUAAUCUGGAACUGUCCUGCUGGAUCACCCAUGUUGGCUGUUUCGUUUUCCUCGUCCUCCUUAAUUGUAGCAACACCAUUCUUGUACGUGGCGUUUACAUCGAUGCCGAGGAGGAGGCAGGGAAGUGCGUCGUGUUUCCAUGUCACUAUCUUCGAUUAUUCUUCAAGAUCGAACGCGAGAAGAAGCAGGCGAGGCAGCAGAAGUUGUUGGUGGCCACCCAAGAUUUCGACAGUCGCACUGAUGUAAACGAGAAGGACAGCGAGAAUGGAACUCUCCUGCCGAAUAAUACCGCGGUGACGAUAUCCGCGAAUGCGGACUCUGUCGCAUAGAUGAUACGAGAAGCCGAUUAUUUAUCGUAGAUAAUUCGAACGGAGAAUGAUUUGCCGCGUACGAAUUCGAGCGUGUUGAAGAAGUGACUCACAUUUGCCAAAUAUUUGCGCGAGACUGUGUUUCUUUCCACAUGGAAUUUUAUACGUGACCAUCAUCCUAUAAACGCAGUAAUCCUUUCAAUCGUGAUCCUAAGCAGAGAUCGGAGAAUCAGGACGUAGUGAGUUUUAUAAAGAAGAUACCUUGACUAGUGAUACGCGCAGCAGAAAAAAAACGGAAGGCUGUGAAUGAACGCAUGAAUGAAGUGAACGAUGCAUUUGCAGUAAGACUCCGUAUAUUUGCAGUGCAAUAUAUAAUACGCAAAUGAUAUGCAAAUGGGAUGACAAAAGUUAGAAUUUUAUUGAAACUAGGAAAUAAUGCUGCCGCGCAUUUUGCCUUCGAAGAUCGUUCGUAUAGUUAACUAUACCUGAGGAAAAACUAAUGUGCAAUCUAUAUAUAUAAAAAAGGAAAGGCUAUUUAUAUAUUUAUUUUAAAAUGUUGUGUAUAAAGAGAUUGAUCUAUAUAGAGAUACUUACUAAAUAAAUCGAGUAUUAAUAUGUUAA